GUCCCUAUAGACACACUUCCGGAUAUGAACGUAGCGAAACUCAUCAUGACUCACGUCCGAAUCUGUUAUGAUUCCUCUCACCUCAAACAGGAUUUUUAACAGUACAUUAUAUGUGCGAGUCUUAAUUUUACUUUUGGGUGCGUAGCAGGAAGUCGACGUUCGCAGCUCUGACUGGAGGAUUGUUUCACACUUUGCCCGUUUGAGUGAAAGACGUCUCGUGGUAGGAACACGCGCCACCAAGAUGGAUAAAGAAACGGGUCUUUUUCACUUUUUGAUGCUUGUCAUUUCUCUUUUGGCACUCUGUGAGAGUCGUGUGGUUAAGGUUCCAGCUGGACCACUGAUACGUGUAGAGGGACAAGCUGUCUCCAUUCACUGUGAUGUGUCUGACUACGAGGGGCCAAGUGAUCAGGAUUUUGACUGGGCUAUGGUGCAUUCUGAUGGCAAGGUGAUCAACAUCAUCUCCACCACCUUUGACAGUCGAUUUACACACUCUUUGAUGAAGGAUCGAGUCAACAGUGGUGACAUCAGUUUUAAUAAGCUUGGGGAUUCUUCUGUGGAGCUGAAAUUCAAGAAGGUUAGAGCAACCGAUAGUGGCUUGUAUCGCUGCACCACCCCAAGCACUGAUUCAGUGACCAGUGGGAACUACUUUGCUGAUGUUGAGCUCAAAGUGAUUGGGGACAGUCUGAAUGUGGCUACAGCCCUUUCCAAAUCAGUGGUGAAUGAAGGAGAAUCGGUGCAGCUUCAAUGCAGCAUCACCCGAGGGUUCACAGAGCAUACUUUCCUCUCAGUUACUUGGUCUAUCAGCAGAGGGAAUAAUCUAUUUGAGGACAUCUUAACAUUUGGACCAGAUGAUGAAAUCAAAGUAGAGAGCAACUACACUCAGCUUUAUGCAGAUGGUGGAUUUCAGUUGGAUCUUCGUGGUGGUGGCUUUUACGGACUGGUCUUGACAGAUCCAAAGCCCAUGGAAGUGGGGGUAUAUGUGUGUACAGCUCGAGAGUGGGUGAGACAGGGUGAAGAAGGAAUAAAGUGGCGAAAGAUACUGGAGAAGACUGAAGAAGUAGGAACGGUCGUAGUUACACCUAUAGCCCAGUCUUUGAUGGUUGCUGUGGAGAAGGACACCACCCUUAACGUGGGAGACACAUUGAAUCUGACUUGCACAGUGGCUGCUAAUGACCUCCCCUCUCUAAGCCUGGAGUUAAUGUGGCUAGUCGGAUCAAUUGAUGGCUCAGGAAGCACUCGAGUUCUCAUCCAUAUAGGGCGUGAUGGGCUCUUGCAGGAUGGGUCUGAGGCCGUGGGUUUCAGCAGAGUAAAUGAAAAAACCUUUCGACUGCUUGUCCAUAAGGUUGACCGCUCUGAUUCUGGAUUAUAUUCCUGCCGUGUCAAGGCCUGGCUUCAACAGGGCAGGGAUCAAUGGUACCAGGCAGCAGAGAAAACAUCUGACACAGUGCAAGUUCUGGUGACUCAUUUAGAGCCACAGUUUAAAGUGACCCUAGAAGCCCCUCUGACCCCUCAGUUCACCAGUGAUCCCACUGAAUUGCGCUGUCAGGUGACCGACCUCCUCCAUCUCCAAGAUGGUAACCUAGGUGUGACCUGGUCUUACUCUAGCACAACUAAAGAUUCAUCUCAGAACGAAGUCGUGAUAGCCUCCGUAAAUCAGCACGGAGCUUUAACUGCAGGCAAGCAGCACAAGGAGAGGCUGGAGAGAGGGGACAUAGCAGUGACCAGGAGAGAUCCCAACAUCUUCAUACUGCGAAUGCUGCAGACUAGAGAUAUUGACGGGGGCUCUUAUUUGUGCUCCGUAACUGCAUGGACUUCCAGCCGGCAAGGUGGAUGGGAGAAAGCAAAAGAUGUUCAGUCGACUUCAGUCGUCGUGCAGUGGUCACCAAAGGUGCCGAUUUUGCAAGUGCUAGCACAUCGUGUAAGAGAAGCCUCCACUGGUGGAUCCACUUUUGAGAUGACCUGCCGUGUGACCGGUCAGAACAUGCAGAAUCCAGCUUACUCUGUUCUUAUCCUUUUUGAGGAGACUGUCAGUGGAAAAUCACGCAAAGUCUUAUCACUUAGUUCAGACUCAGUCUUACAGUUGGAGGAGUGGAGUGAACCAAACAGGAUGGACAGCGUGGUUCUGGAGAAGACCGGGCAGCUUGAGUACCGAUUCCGUUUGUAUGGAGCCCAAGUCUCAGAUUGUGGGUUCUACUAUUGCAGAGUCACCAUGAGUGAUCAGGGAAGAGAAACUGUCAAUGAGUCCAACAAAAUUGACAUUGCUUUUGCAGACACAGGUCCAGUAUUUAACAUAUCCAUUCAGUCACUUACCAGCAAGGUGUUACCAGGAGAACCAGUCAAAAUGAAAUGCAUUAUGUCCACAUUGAGUUCUGCUCCAAACACGGGUGAUGUGGCGUUCGACAUUCGCUGGUUCCAGAGUUCAGGAAGAGCUGUAGAUAAUGGAGGAGUGCCACCUCUUAUAAGCAUGGAUCGCUGGGGGGUGGUAAGGAAGACUGGUGGUGACAGAACUGUCAGUUUGGAACGUACUGACUGGCAGACAUUUGUCCUUGGUGUUCAUAAAACUGAGGACAACGAUGUGGGAGAAUACUAUUGCACUGCCACACCCUGGUUACUGUCUACUGGAGUCUGGACCAAGGGCCAGGACCUCAAGUCUACCCCUGUUGUUCUCUCUAUUAAACUUGAACUGUUAGAGUCUUUGAAGAUGCCUGUGAGUUAUGGUGUACUUGCUGCUGUGAUCGCGUGUGUCCUCUCAGUGCUGCUGGGUCUUGGUGUUUCCCACUGCUGUUUCUCCAAAAACCCCAUGCACAGACCCCGACCCCGCAACAAGCUUAUAGACCUAGAGAUGGAUUAAUCCCAUUCCGUUUCCUACUGCUGUAACCAAACCUGCCCAAAACCACUUUAACCAACUUGUAUUAGGCUACAGGAGAGAAUGCAUUGAUGUGGAUAUGCACAUUUUACAAGAGAUGAGAACCUGUUUGAUUAUAAUUACUUUGAGGAUUUGGUCACUGUAACUCAGACUGCUUAAAAAAAAUCUCUCCUAGGAAUCGAGCACUGACAACCCCGUCCAUGGUUUUUCCUCCCACCAUGUAAAAAAUUCUGACGGCUAUGCGAUGACAUCAUGGACUCUAAUGAAAGAGCCAAGAAUCUCAAUUGAAAUGUUUUAUGCUGACUUUUAAAAUGCUGUCAUCCCAGAUUGGUUUAUGUCCACCUCCAGUCUGACGGAGUUAUGACUCUCUAACAGUGGAGCAUUUCAAAAGGCUGACAUUGCCUCCCAGCCGCAUUGAGGCAAGUGUUAGUCGGUCUAAAGGAAAGCGAACAAUGUAUGGUUGGCUGGUGGGUGCAUUCUUCAAGACCACCACUUUCUUCUGGGAUCCCGAAAUGACUGCACAGUACUCUCAGAGAACAGUUGCAAAAGGCUGUCAAUGUGGCUUCCGCUAUUAGCGGCUGAUUAGAGAUAUUUUUAAGGCCUGAUAACUAUUAUUUGCUGUUGACAUUAACUCCUCACCCCAAACAAAGAAACGCACAUAUAGGUUUUGCAUUCGAUUUCUGAUUCCCAUCAGUGCAAACUAAUCCACAUUCACACGGUUUUGUGCUGACAGUACUGCUAUUUAACGCACUAUGAUGUCUUUUCUCCGAUCGACAGCUGUUGAUAUUAAAGGAAAUCGUUUUUAUGGAAAAAAAGAACAGCUAUUUUUAUAUACUGAAUGCUUAGCAGAUAUUUAUUUUAUUAUUACGGUCUCGGAUAUAUCAAAGAAUAACCACAGCAUUCAUUUUGAUAAAUUACUUUGUAGCAGUGUCAGAUUAAAAAAACAUAUCGGUCAGUAGAGGUUCCACUUUUACUCUUCAAUUUAACCCUUUAAAUACAUCUAUUAUUUCCUCAAGGUGAAAAUCAAAGCAGCCAUGAGGGACUUUUGAACUUCAAAAUCAAGCCUUUUAUCUCUGUACGAAUACAAUAACAAAUAAAAAAAACUGCAAACAAAUAAUAUAAAGCAUGUUUGAAAGAAAAAAAAAUCAUCAAAGCUUAUUUCAGUGAAGCACUAGUUCAUGCAUGAAUAAAAAUAUUGAUUAAAGGGAUUCUCCACACAAAAAUGAAAAUUCUGUUAUCAUUUACUCACCCUCAACAUGUUCAAAACCUGUAUAAAUGUAUGUGUUUUGUUGAAUGCAAUAAAAUGAACUAAGAAAAAUGUUAGCAACUGACAUCAUACCAUAGUUGGAAAACAUUUUUUUUUUUUCAUGAAAUGAAAUGCCCAAAUCCAGUAAGCCAGAUGGGGUGCAGGUACCUAAGAGCUGACCAUGGCACAUACAAAUUAAAGGAAAGCCAUCCUUAUUAUUGGAAAGUUCAGGGUUUUCUUAUCACAGGAAUAGAUUCAGGUGAUUAUACAGUAAUUUAAAGCAUUUAUAGACAUUCCAUUCAUUUCUAGUUCUGCUUCGCAGCGUUCACAAUUGAUUGGCCAAACUUUUACGAAGGGCCUGUUUUAGUAGUUGACAAAGAGACGAGCCACUAUGUAAAGUCGAUUGAUGCUGCCUGUUACUGCAAGAGGGAUUACUGUACCAAACAUUCGGGCUCUCUUUGACAGAUGGAUAGGUAUGUGGACAUUGCAGGGCAAAAUGUACAGUAUAGAGAAGGUUAGCCUAUUUUUUUGCUGAAUCCAUUUACCGUUGCACUGGCAGUGUGAGGUACCUCAUCUGUUUUAGUUGCAGACCUGUGGGACAUAUUUCUUUUUUUUUUUAUUGCAAAGUUAAGUGUCUUUAGGCAAUUCUGUCAGAAUAUGAUAUAUUGUGGAACAAAAGUGACAGGUGUCUGUGUUUGUAUUUGUCAUUUCUUUUCUUAUGAUUUUUUGGGCUGUGAGAUCUCUCCACAGUCUGCAUGAGGUCUGAGAUGAGAGAUGUAUGUGUUUAGGUCGUUCUGUUUAAAGUGUUACAAAACCAAGAAAAAAAUAUUAAUUGAUCGAUCCGUAUUUUGUCAAAUGUGUAAAUAUAUUAUGUGAACUGGUUCUCUUCCAUCUGAUGUGCAUUUUUGAUAUUACCUAUUACUAUUGAUUUGCAAUGUAAUUGCAUUUUGUUUUGCCUUAGAUGGCCUUAUUGUGUCUAUGGAUGUGUAUACAAAUAUAUACAUUGUGUAUUAUGUAUUCUUUCUAUUGUGAAAAGUGAAGCUGUUGAGUUUGUUGGUCCUCAGUCCAUGUGAGGUCUGAGAUGACAGAGCGUAGGAGCAGUGGCGGCUGGCCUAUAGAGGGCGCUAGGGUGCCGACCUCACUGCACUACACACACAAAAAACAAUAAAAUACUUUUUAAAUUUG